UAAUAAAUGUAUAAUAACUAACUGUGGCAGCAGUGGGUAACGAUAAACUAAGCCAAACCAGAACCAGUACCAGCUUUCCAUGGAGAUGAUGACGACGACGACCCCAACGCUCCAUUGCUCCAACCUCCAAUUACACUCGUUGUUGACCCCCAUUCAAGUCGUCACUUCUUCCCCUUUGAAAUUCCAGCUCCAACACUCCAUUUCCAUACCCAAUUUCAGAACACCUCCCUUCCAAUUCCGAAGACCUCUCCCACCUCUUUGCAACGUCGCCGAUGGCAGCAGCACUUCAUCUCCGAGGGUCGCCGUACUUGAUUCCUCUCUCGAAUUAAAGAAGAAGGCAAUGGAUAUAUCUCCUGAACUCAAGGGAACUUCCAUAUUUCUUGUGGGGAUGAACAGCCCCAUGAAAACCAGUCUGGGAAAACUUUUAGCAAAAUCAUUAAGAUAUUAUUACUUCGACAGUGAUAGUUUGGUUGAGGAAGCUGCUGGUGGUGAAUCUGCUGUCAAAUCUUUCAGGGAGACUGAUGAGCAGGGCUUUCGGGCGUCUGAGACUGAAGUACUGAAGCAGUUGUCAUCCAUGGGUCGACUAGUGGUUUGUGCUGGAAAUGGUGCAGUUCAGAGCUCAACUAAUCUGGCUCUUCUGAGACAUGGUAUUACAAUAUGGAUUGAUGUUCCCCUAGACAUGAUGGCUAGUGGAAAUAUGGAAGACCAAAGUGUUUCAGAUUCAGAGGUGUUUACUCAGUUAGCUUCUCUGUAUGAAGAAAUGAGAGAGGGAUAUGCCACAGCUGAUACAACCAUCUCACUUCAAAAAGUUGCAUCUAAGCUAGGUUAUGAUGACGUAAAUGCCAUUACCACGGAGGACAUGACUUUGGAGGUUCUCAAGGAGAUUGAAAGGCUUACAAGAGUAAAAAAGAUGAUGGAAGAGGCUGCAAGACCUUUUUGACAUAACAAGGAUCAAUUUUUAUCACCAAUUGGAGCAAUUUACUCUAUGGGUUUCCACCAUUAUUUUGGGGAAACACACCUGAGUGAAGCUUGCAUUAGGCAAUUCUAUCCUAUAUUGUUGGUAAGGUAAGCUUAAAUCUGAUUGUAUAGGAUAUUUUUAGAGGUCUUAAUCACAUUACUACAUUAGCAAAGCAAAUGCAUCAAGCCACUUCAGGGCAGAGUGAGGAUUACUUGGUACCAUAGUUCAUAUUUUGGAUUUAAGAAACUCCAUUAAUAUGGUUCAAAAGCUACAAAUAUGAUAAAUAAGCCACUCUUAAAGUUUCUCUAA